AUGGCUUCUGGGUGCAUUCUCAUAACAGUGUUAGCCGUUUUAUCAUUGUUCUCGCUUGUGAUGAGUAAACCAUUCCUCGGAGAUCUACUGGCACGAGCGAUAUCUUCAUCUUCCACACCCGAUGAUCCUCAGUCGCACAUAACCGAUUUUCGGAUGAUGGACAAAAAAAUGGACAAAAAGGCAGACAAACUACAACUAGUCGAUAUGGACAGAAACCGUACGUCCAAUGCGAUAAACCGGACAGAGGCUGAAGAAGAACAACCGAUACAUGCCAACACGGAAAGAUCGGCUCCUACCACCCCAGCAAGUACACUUUGGCAACGGUGGAACAGAACCGACUUUUUGGCGCGCAUCAUAGACGACAUUCUGAAACCAGCGCAAGAACGAAUUACGCUAGUGUUUCAAACGUUAGUCCCCAAAGAUGGGACAACCAAUUUGUUCAGAGAGAAACAAGUCCCAACAAACGACACGCGGACGGUAUCAGAUCAACAGCUAAACUCCGCCAAGGACGAUGCGUCCGACGAACUCGACACCGAUCUCGAUCAGUUGCAGCACGAAAUUGAACCGGCUUUGGUCGAUCCAGCCGUGAACGGUAGUACCCUGCUGGGACAGUUGCAGGCCCGAAGAAAUGUGAUCCGACGCCGCGUAGCCAAGGCACUAUCGUCCAUUACGGGGCUAUUGAUACUGGCAGCGAACACGCGCAAAGAGGGCAACGCACGCAGUACACGAUCGAUAGAAGCGGCUCCCAAUGGGCCCGGGUACUGGACAGGUGAACGACACAGUUUACUAGCCCGUGCGCCGUAUGAAGAUCACAUUGCAGCGGUAGUUGAGGCAGAAGGCAUCGAUCCGAACGAUGCGAGACCCCGACGUAACGCGGAACCGAUCGGUAUAUUCAUACUGGAAGUGUUCGGAUCGAUGGCGGGAUUUACGUGGGGUAUAUUUAAACAGGUUCAAUCGUUCUUUUGGUAUGCAAUAAGCUAA